GUUUGUUUGUAAUGAGUCACAGGGCACAACAUAUUAGUCACAUAGCCUACAAUGAAUAAAUAUCGGCAGUCGUGCGGGAGUUGGUUAUUCGUGAAGAUUCACGCAUUUACUCACAUCAGCGAAGAUGUUUUUGUUGUACGUUGCUGUCUUCCUCACCGUUCUCUCAACCGUGCCAUGCUCUAGCCAGCAGUCGGCUCCCACGUACCCUUGGGAGGACGCAGAGACUAGGGAGGCGGUAACUUGUGAAAAGUGUCCCCCAGGGACGUACGUGGGCUCCCACUGCUCGAAGCAUCAACGCACCGUGUGUCGCCCCUGCGCUGAGUCUCAGUACACUGAGUACUGGAACUACGUAGAGGAGUGCCUGUUGUGUGACUAUCCUUGCUCUGAGGUCCAGGAGGAAGUGCAGGGGUGUAACAGAACACACAACCGUGUGUGCCGCUGUAAGGAGGGCUACUACAACACGCUGGACUUCUGCCUCAAGCAUUCCGUCUGCUCGCCAGGGGAAGGAGUGAAAAUUGCAGAUGUUAAAGUGUGUUGUCAGGAGGCGGUGCGGUUGGUUAGGGCGGAGCGUCAGAACCUGAGAGUGCUGCGGAAUAUGAGGCGUGCGAACUGGAACAGAACUGAAAGAAGCUUUACCUAUCUGAGACCCAUCUCCGGAGCAGUUCAUAACCACACUAUGGCUUGGGAGGCCAUUGAAUCUGGUAGCAGCAUCUCCAUCGAAGGGAAUCUGAAGUACAACCGGAUUCAAAGAAUGCUGACAGUGACACGUGCAGGCAAAUAUUUUGUUCACCUGACACUUCAUUUCACACGCACAGCGUUGGACUCCGUCAGCAGCAGGGUGAACGUGAUGUUGAAGUCCGCUACCGUCGUGCUGCUCUCGUGCGAGGUGGAAUUGCCAAGUGGUGGCCAAUGUGUGAUGCCCGUGACGAGGAGCUGCUGGGGCAUGGUGCCAAGCAUGAAGAGAGGCAGCCGCCUGAGUGCUCAAAUGAUCGUGCAGACGGACAGGGUGUUUGGCUGGAAGCUGGUUAGCAAUGAGUCAGGCUUCUGGAUUGUGAAUGGCCUGUAA